AAUGGGGAUGGCGAUAUUUCAACCAGACAGUUUUAUUCUUUUCAAUUUGAAAAAUAUGAUUUUCGGGGAUGGACAGGUUAACAGUUCUUUCCUGAUGCUUUUUCAUCGUGAAAAUAUUUAUCGUUUGUGUUCUGGAAUCGAAAUAAAGCUUAUACGCGCUGCGUACCUAUUUUACAGUUCCUCUUACGUCAACAUGACAACAUGGAACAAUGCCUUCAUCGAAAGGAAAGUCUGUGAAAAUUAGUAAAACAAAACGUAAUUUCAAGGGGAAAGAAGAGAAUGAUGGAUUCGUUCUUCAUCCUACAAGCAGCAUGUUGCUUCAAAGAAUGGUUGCAAAAAACCUAGAUUCAAGUGGAAAGAAAUCCAAAGAAAAUAUGAAGGAUGACCUAAACGAGACCUCGCUUAGUGACGCAACAAAUUCUAGUAUGUGGCUAUCCAAAACACGGCUUCCGGUCGAGGAAAUGUUUGAUGAAAGUGACAGGACACUUGAUAAGAUCUUGACGAAAGAAGUUUCAAAUAAUGUUUUUGAUUCUCUGACGUUGGAUGAAGUGAAGAAUCUACGAUUGGUGUUUGGUGCCUUUGACUCUAAUGCGAGUGGGUCUAUAAACGUGGAUAAUCUUGGAAGGCUUCUGAACUCCCUUGGUUUCAAUAUAUCUAAUGAUUCCUUCAAUAAAAUCAUUGAUGAUUUGGAUGAGCCAAAUUCUAGAAAGGUAUCUUUUAAUGGUUUUCUGGACAUUGUUAUCUCAUUGCAAGGAAGUGACAGAGAUAUUCAUUCUGAGAUAAUGCAGUGUUUUGAAAAAAUUGACAUUGACAAAACGGGCAAAAUCUCACUGGACAAUUUGCGUCACGUGUGUCGUGAACACGAUUUAAAGCUUGGUGAUCAGGAACUAAGAGACAUGUUGGAGGAAGCUGAUCUCAAUGGAGAUGGAAUGGUUGAUGGAAACGAAUUUGUACAGAUGAUGCAAAGAACAAACCUGUUCUCUUAAACAGGUAGCUGAGCUGGUUCAUCACCGCAUCCAACGUGAUAUCGGGCGCAGGUAGCACGCAUUGCCAUCGUUGCGUUAUCUUCGCUGUUGUCGUGACACGAAUACUUCCGAUAAGUGACGUCAAAGUAGGAUCAGGCUCGCAUAGAUUAAUUCGCUCGAGCUUUAAACAACCGUUGAGAAGCCUACCGAAAAGUUGCCCAUCAGAGUAUGGAUUUAAGGACAAAAAAUUGAUCAACGACAACGCUUUUAAUUCAGGGCAAUGUUGCACCAAGUUUGGGAAUAAGAAACUCUCUGAAAUCGACGCUUUUCCAAAAGCACCAAACUCGAGAAUCUCCAAUCGUGGUAAGCAUUGUAAGAGCUCUGCCAUUGCGUUACAAUCGAUGUGGGACGAUUGAUAGAUUCCAAGACAUUUGAGGCUGGGGCAACUUUUCAAGAAAUCACGAAGAACAUGUGGCGUGACGUUCAUGCUCCAACGAAUAUCCAACAUUUCGAUGUUUUUGCUUGAACCGUAGCUGGUCAUUGCAAUGAGAACGCUGUCUGUUACUGCACGGCCGAUACCACAGUAUGAAAGAUUAAGAUAACGGAAACUCUUGAUCUGUGUAAGAAGUCUGAUCAAGCCUAAACCAAUUGUUCGAUGAAUCAAUGACAUAUUAAGAAGAAGUAAAUGAAAAAGGUUGAUAACAUGACAUAAAUCUUCCAGGUUGGAGAAGUUGAAUAAUAUACCCUAUCCUAUGUAAUGUGGAUUUCUUAAUUUCUGAGCAACUCGAGGCUCAGUUUCUUACCUGUUCUUGUGAGAUGUGUACAAGCUGAUAUAUCUAUUUCUUCCAAAUUGGUUUGCGACCAUAAUCUUGAGUCGAAACAGUUGUCUCGUAUUGGUGUGUAGCGUAGCAACAAAGUCGUCAGUUUGUUGCAACGUCUCAACAAUUCUUCGAAACUUGUGCCAUAAAUAUUCUUGCAACCGUUGAGACAAAAUGAUUCCAGUUUUGGACAGCACAUUGCAAUCGUUUGAACGUGCUCAUCUUUCAUCACUUCACAGUUGGUGCAAUCUUCAUAGAAAAAAAGCACAAUACAUAUUCAUAUUUACACUAAGAUGGUAGGUUACCAGGUGCUUAUUGAUGGGUGAUCCCACGAGCGGGAUAAUAUGAUGAUAACACAUUAGAGUGAGAGUAAAAUAUUUAGUAAUUUGUGAACAGGUUGGCUAACUGCAAAAUUAAGUUUUGUGAAUCGUUAA